AUGUCCAUGGAUCCUGUCAUGACCAGCAGCAGCAGGAAGAGAGAAGGCCACGGCUGCAAGGAGAGCUGCCAUGGCCACUGCCUACCUCCUCACUCUGCCAAAUGCAUCUGCCUCUACCUCCUGCUCGCGCUGAUCCUCCUCGUCCUCGUCGCGGCCGUGCUGCUCGUCGUCUUCGUCACGAGGCUCGAGAAGCCGACCUUCUACAUGCAGUCCGUCCAGAUGGACAGGUCGUUCAGCCUCCGGCCGUCGUCGUCCAACCGCAGCGGCGACAACGCGUCGUCGUCGUGCUCGGUGGCGUCGCUGCUGUUCGCGGCGCAGAACCCGAACGGGAUCGGGAUAAGGUACAGCGCGGCGGACCUCGGCGUGGGCUACGCGAACGAGUCGGUCGGCGCCAUGGACGUGCCGGUGUUCUACCAGCCGCCGCGGAGCAGCAACGUGACGGUGCUCAUGCACGCCGUGUUCGAGGAGUCCAACGUCAGCCGGCUCGUCGUCAGCGAGCUGUCGGCGCAGAGGAAGCUCGUCGAGAUCAGGAUCGCCGGGAGCAUCGACGCCACCACGCACAUCAUGAACUUCCCUCUGCCAAAGCUUCAGUUUACGCUCGAUUGUAGGAUAGCAACUAACUACACCGACAUAGUGCUCCGGGAAGGGAUCGAGUCUGCAACUAUACGCAAGGCAAUCCAAGUAUCUGCAUUGCCCCACAUCUCACAGAAGUGCUCUAUAAAGCUUGACAUGGGGUCGAGAGGGAAGAGGACAAGGCUUGCAGAUUUAGGAUGCUGA